GCUUUACGUAGACAACAAAUGAACGUUACAUACAUUUUAUAGCACAUUCUUUUAUUUAAAGUAGACAAAUAAUAAUUUCGACAGGUUGUUUCUGAUCGGCCGUAUUCCUCCUUUUGUUAUCUGCCUUAACGUGUGGAAGCCAUGAUGAAGUACAUUCUGGUCACUGGUGGUGUGAUUUCAGGGAUUGGUAAAGGAAUCAUAGCCAGCAGCGUGGGGACCAUCCUCAAAUCCUGCGGCCUGCAUGUUACUGCCAUUAAAAUCGACCCUUACAUCAACAUAGAUGCCGGAACCUUCUCUCCGUAUGAGCACGGUGAGGUGUUUGUGUUAGACGACGGCGGAGAGGUGGACCUGGACCUGGGAAACUAUGAGCGUUUCCUCGACAUCCGACUCACCAAGGACAACAACCUGACCACCGGGAAGAUCUACCAGUCGGUCAUCAAUAAGGAGCGGAGAGGGGACUACCUAGGCAAGACAGUCCAGGUGGUGCCACACAUAACUGAUGCCAUACAGGAGUGGGUGAUGCGCCAGGCCAGAGUGCCAGUGGACGGAGAUGACAUAGAGCCUCAAGUCUGUGUCAUCGAGUUGGGGGGUACGGUCGGUGACAUCGAGAGCAUGCCGUUUAUCGAGGCCUUCAGACAGUUCCAGUUUAAAGUGAAGAGAGAGAACUUCUGCAACAUCCACGUCAGCCUCGUCCCACAGCCCAGUGCGACCGGAGAACAGAAGACCAAGCCCACGCAGAACAGCGUUCGAGAGCUCCGAGGCCUGGGUCUGUCGCCCGACCUGAUCAUGUGCCGCUGCUCCACUCCUCUUGAGAACUCGGUGAAGGAGAAGAUCUCCAUGUUCUGUCAUGUGGAACCUGAGCAGGUGUGA